AUGGUCGCCAGCACCUCCGACGAAGGGACAUCCAGUUUGAAACAGUCUACUUGUUCUACAAGCAGCAAACAGUUUAUUGAAGCACCUGCGUUUUUUUACGACAUGGAUACAGAUUUGAAGGAUUUAAAAACUGCCUUAAAAGGUGCCGAUUUGCUGAAUGAUUCUGGAUAUCAAUCGGUUCUCGAACGCUCCCGCCAUCCUUUUUCUAUCAGCUUCGUUCUCAAUGAAGACAAUGUUUUCGAUUCCGAAGAUGAUGCCUCCGACGAGCACUGGGAUGGCUAUUUAACAGUUGGACCUGAUAGAGUCAAAAUCAAGGAUAUGUCAGAUAUUCUAGCCACGAGAUACGCAUUCCUUUCUGGUUCUCGUACUCCUGAAGGGUUGACCAUUGUCACAUUUCCUGACGCAAGAUCAAAUCUUUCGUUUGAAGACUAUUCUCUGCUAAUCACUUAUUUGCUGCAAGUGCCUCCCCUCGAAGACAGUCAUCAGGGAUUUGCGCUGAUAAUCGAUCGUCGAAGCGACAAGUGGUCGGCGGUACGAACAGUUUUACUCCAAAUAACGUCAUAUUUUCCGGGACAAAUUCGCGUUGUCUUCGUCAUCAAGCCCGAAGGUGUCCUACAAAGAGCGCUCGAAGUUGGAUAUCGCGGAAUAGCGGAUACGUGCCCGUUCAAGGUGGUCCAAUUGGAAACGGCAUUCGAUUUGCGCAAUUACAUCCCGUUGAAGCAAGUAACAAUGGAUGUUGGUGGGCUCAUCAAGUACAACCAUCUCGAAUGGGUUCAGCACCGAAUGGACAUCGAACGUAUGAAAUCUUCUGCGAACGCGAUAGCAACAUCUUUAAGUGAUUUUGGACGAAUGCUUCGAGAAACCGAAUUACCGAACGACGUGGAAACGACAGCGAGAAUUCUUGAAGCACAAACAGCCGAGAAGGACGCCAUUAAGGAAGAUUUUCGUAUCUCCGUUCGGAAGGGAAUGUCGCUCCUACGAACAGUGCGACAGCUUGACAAAAAACCGACAGCCGAGCAGCUGUCACCGACAAGAUUGCAUAAUGUUUCGGCAAUCGAGAGGAUGCUAGUUCAGCUAGAGGAAACCGAAAAAUCGUUCGACAUUUUCUGGGCACGCCAUGAAAAAAGGCUAACAAAUUGCUUGCAACUGCGGCAAUUCGAGGAAACUUUCCGAAAGCUACAAGCGGCAUUUGCUCGCCAUAUGCUUUAUUUGGAAGAACAUCGAGAAGUUGGCGACAGAAGAGAAAAGGCCCUACAACUUGCUGAAAUUCACGCCCAAUACUCGAAGACAGCAAUGGACGAAGUAGAGGCUGCUCGGGAAUUGAAGAAGACCGGAGAGGAACUGAUAUCAUCAAAUGAAGAUGAGCUCUGCGGAAGUUUGAAGCCAAAGUGUGAAGAGCUCGCUAGAAUGGCCGAUGCCCUAACCGGUGCUCUCGAGCGUCGUAGCGCUGUUCUAACUCUUAGCAGCACCAUGCACGACCAAAUUUCUCAGGCGAAUAAAUGGUGCCGUAAGGGUGUCGACAUAUUGACGACUUCAAUUCCGCCCGAACUAGCGACUUCCAACAUUACCGCCUCAAUUGGGAAAAUGGACGAGUUUCUGAGUGAAGGAGAAACUCUCAAACUCGACGCUCUUAGUGGCACCCCAUCCUUGAACAAUCUCAUUCUUUUGACAACAACUGAAACUUCUACGUUGCUUGCCCAGGUUGCCGAGCGCAUCGACGACAUUCGCCGGAUGUCCGUGGCCAGAAGAGACGCGCUCGCAAAGCUUUGCGAGCAGAAAAAACCACCCGUUCAGGUAGUGACGCCUGAAAAGAAGAAAAAGAGCAAAACGGAGCAACGUAACGAGAUCGACGUAAAGGACAUUCAAUGUUGUUCUGGAAGUGGUUCGCCGAUAGAAGAGGGCCCGCGCGAUCAUGCCUCAUCAAUGGCGACAUUUCUUAAUACUGAGAAAAAUUACGUGAAUGAAUUGGAAUCACUUAUCGAUCAUUAUAUGGGACCAUUCGAGUUGCCAGAAUUCCAAACUUGCAUUCCAACCGCAAUUCGAGGAAAGCCGGAGCUUGUUUUUGGAAACCUUCGCGAAUUGCUGAGUUUCCACUCACGAUAUCUUCUCGUCGACCUGCAGGCCAACGAAUUUUCGCCAAGUGGAAUUUGCCGCGCGUUUCUUCAGCAUCGGCAUAAAUUCUUGACCCUCUAUCGCACAUACUGUCAAUAUAAAGCGUCAAGUGAGGCGAUUCGCAAAGAAUAUGUGGAGUCGAAUGCGUUCUUCGGGGAAUGCCAGAAACGUGCUGGUCAUCCGCUACCACUUGGUGCAUAUCUCUUGAAACCUGUGCAGCGCAUUACCAAAUAUCAAUUGCUGUUGCGCGAACUUGAGCGAUACUGUCAGCCGGACGUCAAAGACGAUGUAACUGCUGCACUGUCAGCCAUGCUGGAUCUUCUAGCUCAGAUCAAUGCAGCAAUUCACCAGCUCCACAUUUCCGGAUUCAAUGGUGACCUUCGUGUUCUCGGGCCGUUGCGGUUACAAACGGAAUGCGACGUUUACUCAUACAAUAGAAAGAAGAAAGCAAAAUUGUCACGAGCACAAAGACGUUUUUUGUUUUUGUUUGACGGAGGAGUCAUGUUCUGUAAAAAAAGGACACCGCCAACCCAGCCAUCGAGUAUGGAUCCAGAAUACUAUGAGCAUAAAUUGUGCAUUCCGGCGCUUUCUCUCGGAUUUGCCGAUGUUUCGCGGAGCGGAACGGGUCGCUUUGAAAUUUGGGACGAAGCGAAGGUUGACGCCUUUGUCAUCGAGCCGCUUGACCCAGCUGCGCGCUCUCGAUGGGUUGAGCGUUUGAGCAAGUCAAUCGGGCCACAAGACGGAUAUGUUCUCGAGAAUCGCUCUCGACCAAAAAGUUGGGCGAGUACUGUCUCCAACGAAAGCUCAUGCUCAUCAAGCACUCGUGAAUCUGACAGUGUUGAAAGUCAAAUGGACACUAAUGGAAACACCCAUCAAUCUCAAAUAAGAAGUACUGAUAUUCCAGAAAGUCAAGAAAUGCUGGAUAUUACAAUGGAUGGAACUAUAAACACUGCAAAUGACGAUCUUUGUGGCGAGAUUGAGCUCGUUGAUAGUUGCUAA